AUGCGGGAGGGUAUAACCUGCUUGGUCCUCGAAGCCCUCUACAACAUUCACAUCCCCCCCUCAUCCAACUUCCCCGGCCCAACGCUCUGGAAAAGUUCCAAAAUUGUUCACCAAGCUUCCACCCUCCAAGACAAUCUCCAUAUCCGCCUCGCCAAGCUCUUCGACAAACACGGCCCAGUCGUACGCAUCAGCUCAACCGGACUAGUCUUCAACUUACCCCAGAGGGACGGUUGGUUGGCAAAGGGUACAGACAAGUGGUUUCAAUACGAUAAAACGGAUGUCUUGGAGCCGUUCAGUCUUGGGCUGCCGAAUUUGUCUGGGUGGGAAUCCGGCAUACGCAGGAAUCAGGAUGGUGCUUUGUAA